UGUUUCAGUUCAGAAGUCGAAUAUUAAAAAUAUUCGCGAAAUGCUUUUACGCUUGGAGGAGGCGUCGCUCCGUCGUUCCGAUUUGUAGGUGAAUGUAAAAAUCGCGACGAAAAAUGCGGAAAGACAUAAUUUUGCGGGCAGAGUGUCAAAAGUUCGUGUGUGCAAGAACUAACCUCAAAUUUUGCGACAAUUUGCGGACUCGAAAAAUAAUACAUUUCUCUAUUAUAAACGAUACUCUGCCAGAUUUUCAGGCCGAAUUCCUGUGAUAAGUGAAUCUCCCUUCGUCGUGAUUUAUUCUCAAUUGAAGGCCAGCUGUUUCUAUUAAUAGAAAUAUAACGGUACUCGUUAAAAUAUCGCUUGUGUCAAACAAACGAUUUUAAAAGAAAUUUUUUCUUUUCUUUUUUCCUUAAUAUUUUUUUAAAUACUUUUUUAUACAAGAGCAAUUAUUUCAUCAUGGAUUUUUUGAUUUUGGAAAGCAAGUAGUUUCUUGGGUUAUAAAUGAUGAUGUAAAAAGUGUGUCGUUUUCGUGCAGUGAUAAGCAGAUGCUUUUUUUCACCGAUUUCUACUGCAUUUUGAGAUUCUUUACUCGUAUCGAGAAGACUGAGGAUUUUUCUAUUCAUUAUAUAAUUAUAAGGUAACCUCACAAUGUGCUGGUCUCUCUUUAUUGCGAAGAAGUUCGCCAAUAACCCCACCUCAGCAGCACCAAGUGCACCGAUCUCUUUUAGCUAAAAGCUAUGCCCAAAAUUUACCCUCAGUAAUUUAUUUCCCCAAGAAUGCAGGCCAAGAAGCGCUACCUGCUUCUCUUCGUCACCUGCGCGUUCCUCGGCUACUGUUACUUCGGAGGUUACCGAUUAAAAAGCGAAGAGCACCCUGGAAGAUCGCAUUUUCCCUACGACCGCCUUCCCUCCUAUUUAACCCUCAACGAAGAGUUCUACGACAAGGACCUCCGAACCUCCAACCUGAACCUCCCAAACUCCCAUCACACUCGACAAUGUCGAAUGGAAACCUGCUUCGACUUCACCAGGUGCAAACAAGGUUUCUCAGUCUACGUUUAUCCCGUAGAAGAUGCAAUCAGUCCCCUCUACCAAAAAAUACUCAAUGUCAUCACCGAGUCUCGUUAUUAUACCUCGGAUCCUUCAAAAGCUUGUAUAUUCGUCCUAGCGUUGGACACGUUAGAUAGAGAUCCACUGUCGACAGAAUUUGUGCACAAUUUGCCCAAUAAACUGACGCGACUGCCAUAUUGGAAUAAAGGGAAGAACCAUCUUAUUUUCAAUCUUUACUCAGGAACUUGGCCGGAUUAUGCAGAAGAGUCGAUGGCCUUUGAUCUUGGCUAUGCGAUUUUGGCGAAAGCUAGUAUGUCAAUUUCAAGACUGAGGCCCAACUUCGACAUCUCGAUUCCCCUUUUUCAUAAGCAACAUCCUGAGAGAGGAGGAGAUCCAGGACAGGCUACGGAAAAUAGCUUUCCGAGUAAUAAGAAAUAUGUGGCAGCUUUUAAGGGGAAGAGAUAUGUUCAUGGGAUUGGUUCCGAGACGAGGAAUUCACUUUACCAUCUUCAUAAUGGAAAGGAUUUGGUUUUUGUAACAACUUGUAGACAUGGGAAGGCGUGGAGAGAGUUGCAGGAUGAACAUUGUCAGCAGGAUAAUCAGGAGUAUGACACAUACGAUUAUGAAAUUCUGUUGAUGAACGCUACCUUCUGCCUGGUUCCUCGAGGACGUCGACUCGGCAGCUUUCGAUUCCUGGAAGCCCUGAGAGCCGGAUGCAUUCCCGUGAUUCUCAGCAACGGAUGGGCCCUUCCAUUUCACGAUCGCAUCGACUGGAAUCAAGCAGUUAUAUUCUCCGAUGAGAGGCUACUUCUUCAGAUUCCAGACAUUGUGCGCUCCGUUCAUAACACAAAGAUUCUCAAGUUAAGGCAGCAAACUCAGUUCCUCUGGGAACGAUACUUUUCGUCCAUAGAGAAAGUGAUUUUUACGGUUUUUGAGAGCAUUCGAGAAAGAUUGCCAUGGGAAGGGACGAGGGAAGGCAUCGUCUGGAAUACGAAUCCUGGUGCGUUGGCUAUUCUUCCGCAGUUCGCCGACAGUCAACAGGAACUUCCGUUCUCGAAUAGUAAUCCGGGAAAUACGUUCACCGCGAUUAUUUACUCACAGCUGGGAUCCACAGCUGUUCUUUACCGUCUGCUCAGAAGUCUGGCUAAGAGUAAAUAUUUAGAUAAGAUAAUUUUAAUGUGGAACUCGGACAUUCCACUGCCGAGGAAGCCGCGUUGGCAGGGCAUCAAGGCGACGAUUCACGUCGUUUCGGCAGACGGGAUAUCUCAUCGGUUUUAUCCUCAUCCGGAAAUCAAAACUAGUGCCAUAUUAUCCUUAGAUGAAGACGCAACUUUGAAUACUGAUGAAAUUGAUUUUGCGUUUACUGUCUGGCAGUCCUUCCCAGAAAGAAUUGUUGGCUAUCCGGCUAGAUCUCAUUAUUGGGACGAUUCAAAGAGAUCGUGGGGCUACACUAGUAAGUGGACCAAUGACUACAGUAUAGUCUUGACCGGAGCGGCAUUUUUUCACCGUUAUUACAAUACUCUUUAUACUGAAUUGUUGAGUUCAACACUUCACAAGACAGUUGAGCAGUCGCAGAACUGUGAGGACAUUCUAAUGAAUUUUCUCGUAAGCCAUGUAACUCGACGCCCUCCGAUCAAAGUCACCCAGCGGAAGUUGUACAAGGAUACUACGGCUGCCGGAAUCAGAUCACCGUGGAACGAUCCCGACCAUUUCAUUCAAAGGCAGACUUGUAUGAACACUUUUGUGGCCGUUUUCGGUUACAUGCCGCUGCUACGAUCAAACUUGAGGCUGGAUCCGGUGCUCUUUAAAGAUCCUGUAAGCAACAUGCGCAAAAAGUAUAGACAAAUUGAACUAGUUAGCAACUAGAAUUGUAAUAAUUGUAUACAGUACGGCGAAUGACGUAAUUAGGUACUCAUUACGGUGUGUACAGGGCCGUGGCCAUCAUUUUGUAAGUUUUAGAUGUAUCUAGUACUCGUGUUGCAAAGAGUAGUGAAGAGGCUAUGACGAGUGUAUAGGAGGCCGUAUUGGUUUUUAAAUUAUUAAUUUUAUAUUAUAUAUUAAUUAUUAUGUUAAUUAUUGAUUAUGGGAAAUUAUACAUAUGAAUUAUAUAACCAUGUGAGAUAUUCUCGCGCUCUGCGUGCCGCGCAUUUAUUUUUUUUUCGAUGCGAGGAGCGCGAGAAGAUUCGCAUGAUGACUUUGAUGCGUUACCAAAAUAUAUAAUCGUGCCAUUCAGGCGUCGAGAAUGCGAAUUCUCUGUACAUAAAAGUCGAUCUUGUGUAGGUAUUAAUUAAUACAAAAUAUUAUUUGACAGAUACA